AUGGGGGACGAGCUGAAAUACUGCGAACGUUGCGACCAUGCUGUUUGUCGACAAUGCUCUGUCGUCCUGACUGCCAGCUCUGGCGUGUUUACGGAGGCGCGGAAUGUCGAAAGUGCUCCGAGAACGCAAGACACUCUCAAAUGUCCUGCUGAGCACGCACUGGAGUCAAGACAAGCUGACCAAGCCUACGAAUGCGAUGUUUGUGGAGUUGAUAUCCAAAUGGGGGACGAGCUGAAAUACUGCGAACGUUGCGACCAUGCUGUUUGUCGACAAUGCUCUAACUUCAUGAGCGAUGUCAACACCGAUGGACCGCAGGCAGAUGAGUUGGACAGCCAAUGCUCUAAUCUGCUGGAAGCCGCCCAGAGAGGGCACGAAGGCCUUGUGCAGCAGUUCCUUCGUGCUGAUUCCCAAAGUGUGAAGAGCACGGUCGUGGAGGCCUACCAGAUCCUACCAGGUCCUUGCGGUAAUCGCAACAAUUUGCGAUUGAAGAUGGGCCGCACAGCCUUGCAUGAGGCAUGCGCCAAUGGUCACAGGAAGGUUGUCGCUCAACUGAUUGCAGCAUCUGCUGAUGUGGAAGCUGUUGACAUGGUUGGUUGGACCCCGCUGCACUUUGCAGCUCGUGGGGGUGAUGCGAUGCUGGUGCUUAUGUUGUUGUCAGCGAAUGCUAAUUGUCGGCAUGCCAAAACGCACUUUGGCGCCACACCUCAUGACAUCGCCAAGACAGAGGGCCGAAGCCAUUUGCUGAGCGAGUUGCAAGUGGAGUGGACGUGCCGAGUGUGCGCCAAAAAGAACUCGCUGGAGACAGAAAAUUGUACAGUCUGCGGGCGAAGGAAAGGACACAUUUUGAGGCCAAACUUCGAGCUUGCAUUCUUAGAUUGA